AUGCCCUAUCUCGAUGAGGGUAUUGACCUCCUUUCUCACGAACUCCCUCCUCUCUGCGGAGAGGUACCUCUUGUGCUGUUGCACCGGCUUGACUGUGGGGUUGACGGCGAGCCUAUGGGUGAUGACGUCCCUACUGAGGAGCUCUUUGUAAGUCCUGAUAACGUCAAUGAUGUGGGCCCGGAGCUCGGGGGGAGCCUGGAAUUGGAGGCUGCGAAGGAGGAGAGGUGCAGUACGGCGGCGGCGGAAUUAAGGUUUGGAACGGUGGAUCGUCGGAGAGGUGAGAAGCGGCCUCUUUCAUUAUUGUCCGAUGAUGAAUCGGAGAAGAAAGAGAAAGACGACGACCCCACAACCAAGGCUUUGUUCUACUCCUCACCUCAAUCUCAGCACGACAUGUCCGCCAUGGUUUCCGCUCUUUCCCAAGUCAUAGGUUGCAAUAACACCACCACCACCACCACAUAUGCAGCGCCCGCUUCAAUCCCCUCCUUACACCACCAAUCUCCUCACCCCAAUCUUCAUCAUCAACAACAACCAGCUGGUGGCGUGAACCAAAGGAAAAGACAUUAUAGGGGAGUUAGGCAGCGGCCGUGGGGGAAAUUCGCGGCGGAAAUCCGGGACCCGAAAAAGGCGGCUAGGGUUUGGCUGGGAACCUUCGAAACAGCAGAAGCUGCAGCUUUAGCGUACGAUGAAGCAGCCCUAAGGUUCAAAGGGAACAAGGCAAAGCUGAAUUUCCCAGAAAGGGUUCAAGGCAGAACCCAGUUUGGAUAUCUAACCACCCGACAAGACUUGCCUAUUGUUUCAUCAUCAUCAUCCAAUCAUCAUCUUUACUGCUUACGCCCUCCCAAUUUCUCUUCUUCUUCUUCUCAGACCACUACUUAUCCCAACGUCGACCAUUACGCGCAGCUCCUGGGCCGCGGCGCCGGGGGCGAGUUAUUACCCAAUUUUGAGGUUUCUACUACUCACAUGUUUCAACCUCCCCCUCCGCUACCAUCAUCAUCACCAUCUAUGGGAACAACAUCGAAUCACAACAUUAUUGGUUAUAAUUACUUGUUUCCAUUCAACUUCGGGACGACUUGUUCUUCUUCCAGUACUUCUGCGCCUAAUAAUAAUGACAAUAAUGGAAAGGAUGAAUGGGACGAAGAUCUUGAUUUCAAGAAUACGAGGAAGUGAUGAUCCAAGUCGUCCCGGGAUGCUUUGCUUCAAUUCAUUCUUCCUUUUUACUCAUCCCUGUUUAAAUUGUAAGUUCUUCAGUUUCAACCUUAAACUAUAUACAUAUAUGCAUGUGUUACAUUGAAGUGCAAUGAUUUUAAAGGGUUUUUGUAUUACUUUUUGUUUCAUUACUUUAAAGUUCCCCAAUCAAGUAUGUAUGUGUGAAUAAAUUAAAAGAAUAAAAUUCUUUU